AUAUUGGUUCUAAAUUGCCCUGAAUGCAGGCCUUUAUCUCGGCUGACUUUACUGACCUUUUAUUUUCUUAUUCUUUGAAAGGUGACUGAUAAGUUUGUUUUUAUGUUUCAGGAUCAUCCCCUCCUGCGUUUACACGCUGAGUCCUGGAGCGCACAGAUCCCUUCUUCAGAAUUUUCCGUGUUGGGCCUCCAGGUCUGAGCUCUUCAUCCUGGGGCAGUGGUGGGAGUCUGAGGGGCCACGUCAGGUCAAAUGAAGCCAAAGACCUUGUUAGGUGAUGAGACCGAUGCAGACCUGACGCAACAUUCAGUUUCAGAAAACACCAAAUACCACAGAAGUUAUUAACCUUAAACUUUCUGCAUAGUCACUGAGAAAGCUGAGCUGCACAUGCAUCGUGUAACGAGAGCUCCAGCAUGUUGUAUUAAAAACAGUCAAUUAGCACAAUAUUCCUCAGUCUUAACUCACACAAGCUUCAUACAUAGCACAGUUACAGACACCAAGGAAGUAAUGUGAUAAGUAAGUGAACCAGAGUGGUGCUCAGUGCAGAACAUACCCCCACCAAGGAUAAAUAUCCAAGGAAUCCUGCUUCACCUGACACUAAAUAUCCCGUCACAGGUGGCUUCUCAAGCAGAAAUGGAUUUUGACAAUCAUGAUAAACUAUCUAAAACAAACAGAUGAUUGAUCAUAUAUAAGAGCUGGUCCUGCUCUCAUUCAGCACCUCCACACAGGACGGCUGAAGCUACAGGCUGAUACUCAGAGGAAAGAAGGAGAGAAAAUCCUUCAGCAGAUAACCAUCAUCUUUGAUCCCUCCAUCAUCUCCACCAUGAAGAUGUUGACUGUGUCUCUGCUGGUCUGCGCCAUGAUGGCUCUGAGCAGAGCUGCAGCUGAUCCAGAAGAGGAGCCUGGUAACAUGGCAGAACGGUCGGUUGAAGCUGUUCCUGAAGAAGAGCCUGGUAAUGUGACAGAAGCGUCGGCUCAAGAAGAGAACAGCCACCUGGUCAAAAGGUCAACACGCUGUCCUCAUGGUUGGACUCGGUACGGUCGUCGUUGUUUUUACUACUUUCCAACAACCAGGACUUGGGCCCAAGCUGAGAAAACCUGUCAGUCCAUGAAUGCAAACCUUGCAUCAGUACAUAACAUACAGGAGUACCAUAAGAUUCAGAGGAUGAUACAGUCCAGGACUCACGAGUAUAAAGAAGCAUGGAUUGGAGGCUCCGAUGCACAAGAGGAGGGCACCUGGCUGUGGAGUGAUGGUUCACGUUUGAACUAUCUGAACUGGUGUUCUGGACAGCCUGACAACUUUUUUUCCCAGCACUGUUUGAAAAUGAACUAUUCAGGCCACAAGUGCUGGGAUGAUGAUUGGUGUGACUAUCGUCGUCCUUUUGUCUGUGCCAGGAAAAUUUUCUUUCUUUUCUGUCGCUGUGACGCUGCUGAACACCUCCACACAGGACGGCUGAAGCUACAGGCUGAUACUGAGAGGAAAGAAGGAGAGAAAAUCCUUCAGCAGAUAACCAUCAUCUUUGAUCCCUCCAUCAUCUCCACCAUGAAGAUGUUGACUGUGUCUCUGCUCGUCUGCGCCAUGAUGGCUCUGAGCAGAGCUGCAGCUGAUCCAGAAGAGGAGCCUGGUAACAUGGCAGAACGGUCGGUUGAAGCUGUUCCUGAAGAAGAGCCUGGUAAUGUGACAGAAGCGUCGGCUCAAGAAGAGAACAGCCACCUGGUCAAAAGGUCAACACGCUGUCCUUGUGGUUGGACUCAGUACGGUCGUCGUUGUUUCCGCUACGAUCCAAGAACCCUGCCUUGGGCUUACGCUGAGAAAACCUGUCUGUCAUUGAAAGCAAACCUUGCAUCAGUGCGUAACAUAUAUGAGUACCGUGUGAUUCAGAACAUGAUAUGGUCCUCUGCUCGUUCUCAUAGAGCUGCAUGGAUUGGAGGCUCUGAUGCACAACAGGAGCGCAUUUGGCUGUGGAGUGAUGGUUCACGUUUCACCUAUGCGUACUGGUGUCCCGGACAGCCUGACAACUUCCGUAACAGACAGCACUGCUUGCAAAUGAACUUUUCAAGCCGCAGGUGCAUGGAUGACUAUAAUUGUCACGCUCGUCUUCCUUUUGUCUGUGCCAGGAAAAUGUGAAGGUUCCUGGGUGUGACAACAUGACAACAGCACAAACACUG